AUGCUCUACGCCGUGAUUCUUCCCGCCUCCGACCCGCUUCCCCCGCUGCCCUCCGCCCAUGCGCGCGACUCUUCCCUCGCAAGCAGCGCGCGCAACUCGCGCGGCGCAGCUGGGGUUGGCGGGGCGGCGCCUGGGCGGAGGGGAGCGCACGCGCGGGCGAAAUCGUGGGACGUAAGGGCGGGCGCGGAAGGCGAGGGGGAGGGGGGAAGAGCGGCGGACGCGGGGGGAGGAGCUGCAGCUCCGCGGUUAGUGCCCGCCAUGAUGACGUCACUGUCGCUCACUGUGGAGUGCCUGAUGACGACAGCAAGUGUCAGCAUACAGGGCACGUGGGAAGUGGGGGAGUAUAGGGGGGUGCGCGGCCAAGGGGGCGGAGGGGCAGGCGGAGAGGAUGGGGGAGGGAAUGGUGGGGGGGAUGGUGGGGGGAAAGGGGAGGAGCAGCAGCGGCAGCAGUGCUGCGACUGCCUCUUUGUGCUGCCCACGUCUCACAGGGCCUCUGUGACAGCAGUCGAGGUAACCCUAGCAGAUGGAAGGUUCCUCGCAACUGCAGUGCUCCCAGUGGACGAGGCAGAGGCAGCAUGCAAGGCGAGCCACGAGCGGGCGGCAGCCGCCCACUCCGCCGCCCAGCCCGUGCCGCCCAGGCCGGCCCGCUCCUCGUUCCUGCGGCUCUCGUCUGCUAGCUUCAGCAGGAGCGGCAGCAGCAGGCAUCGGUGGAAAAGCCAAGAGGGAGUGGGGGAAGGGGAUGGGAGGGCUGAAGCGAGAACGGAGGGCGAGUGGGGAGAGAUCAGUGGGAAGGAGGGUGGUGUGAGUGGGGGUGUGGAGAGAAGGGAGGGUGGGGGUGAUGGUCGUGAGGGUGGUGAGAGUGAGAGGAGAAGGGGAGCAGAUGAUGAUGGUGAUGAGGAGGAGGAGGUGGAAGGGAGUGGGGGCCAGCAGUGUGUGGCGAGGCGGCAAGCAGGCGUGCUGCUGGAUGAGGGCCCCGUGCACACACCGCACAUGCUACGACUCAGAAUACCCAAGGUGCACUUUAGGGUCCAUGCAUGCAUCCCUCUUAGCCCCGUUAUCUCGUGCCUUUCAGAUCACUUCCUCCACACCUGCCGCCCUUUCUCUACCUCCGUUACCCUCUCCCGUUCCUCCUUUCCCAUGCCUCCCUCCCAUGCUGUUCUCCCCUGCGCCCCUCCUCCACCUCCGUUACCCGCCUGUGCUUCCUCCCCACUCCCCCUUUCACAUGCCUCCUGUGAUGUUCUUCCCUACCCCUCGUCUGUCUCCCCCUCCUACCCCCCCGCGGGCGACAUACAUGUUGGCGAUGGCGGGGCGGCAGGGGUACAGCGAGAUGAGCGUGCCGCUGACAGUGCCCUUGGAGUGCCCCCCCUCCGUCUCUCCCUCCCCUCCUUCCCCACACAGGUACCUCAAGGCACCAGUGUGCGCGUGCGGGCGACAUACAUAGAGGCCAUGACGGGGCGGCAGGGGUACAGCGAGAUGAGCGUGCCGCUGACAGUGCCCUUGGAGUGCGUGCCAGAUGACAUGGCGGUGCAGGACGUGGUGCGAGUGAGCUGCACCAUCAAUAGUGGUCUGCAGUGCCCCAUGAAGAUAGGGGACUUUAAUCAUCCCAUGAAGGUGGUGUUUGUGGACUUGGGGCGAGCCACGUUUGUGGGCCAUCCAAUCGAUGAGGACCCUGAGGCAUGGCCCAAUGCUGACUUCACCAUCUCCUUCCAGGUGGUGACAGAGGACGUGAGUGCAGCAGUGCUCGUGCAAGCGCCUCUCAUCGGAGACCCCGAUCCCCGUGCCUCCUUCGCCCUUUCAAUAGCCCCUCCCGAUCCCGCCCAAUUCUCGGUGUUCAGCCGGGCAGUCGUCUUCAUCCUCGACAGCGAAUGCGGGUUAAGGGCCCGCCCCAUGGAGGAUGCACGCAGGGCGGUGGCAGCGGCACUGAGGCGCUUAAAGCCCCAUGACUCGUUCGCAGUGGUGGCGUUUGACUUUGAGCUGCUGCUGCUGGACGACGAGCUCGAGGCUGCCUCGCCUCUUCCCAUUGCAACCCUCCCUUCCCUUCCCCACCCCCGGGCAGUGGUGUUCAUCCUGGACAGCGAGACAGGGCUGAGAGCCCGACCCAUGGAAGACGCACGCAGGGCGGUGGCGGCUGCUUUGAGGCGCUUAAAGCCCCACGACUCGUUCGCAGUGGUGGCGUUUGACUUUGAGCUGCUGCUGCUGGAUGAUGAACUUGAGGCCGCCUCGCCUGAGGCGGUGCGCCGCGCGUGCAAGUUCGUGCUGCAGGCACAUGACUGGCCGCAGCCGACCAAUGUGCUCACGCCAUUGCAGCUGGUGGGUGGGUGGAAAGCGGUGCGAGUGGGUUGCAUCACCACCCACUCCAACAUUCAGAAUGAUGAAGGCCCCCCCAGAUGCCUGGCGUUCAGGAUGCUGAGGGGCCACACGGCAGUGCUGCAGCAGGUGGUGCUCAUAGCGUUCAGGAUGCUGAGGGGCCACACGGCAGCGCUGCAGCAGGUGGUGCUCAUCACAGCGUUCAGGAUGCUGAGGGGCCACACGGCAGCGCUGCAGCAGAUUGUGCUCAUCACGGACGGCCCUGUGCGGGCGGAGCGCCGCGUGUGCCACUGGGUGCAGCGCGCCCUGGCUGACUGGGGGGGCACCGCCCCUCGCAUCUCCACCUUUGGCAUCGGCCCAUCGGUGAAUCCGUUCUUUCUCAAAUGGCUUGCAGCUGCCACCCGCAGCUCGUCACAGGUCACCCGCAAUCCAGCGGAGGUGCGGCGGCGGCUGGAUGGAAUGCUGCAGACAAUAGCUCGCCCACUCGUCACUAACAUUGCCAUCCGCGACCUGCCGCCCGCCUUUAAGGCCAUGGCUCGCCCGCUCGUCACCAACAUUGCCAUCCGCGACCUGCCGCCCGCCUGUGAGCUCUACCCCUACCCCAUCCCGGACCUCUAUGCAUCGGGGCCAGUCGUGCUCUACCCUUACCCCAUCCCGGACCUCUAUGCAUCGGGGCCAGUCGUGCUCUACCCUUACCCCAUCCCGGACCUCUAUGCAUCGGGGCCAGUCGUGGUGAGCGGUCGAAUGGGCGACGAGGGGCCAGCAGCAGGCGGGGCGGAGGGCGGAGGGGGGUUGCCUUUGCACGUGGAGCUGAGGGGCGUGCUGGCCAGUGGGGCUCCGUGGAAGUUCAGAGCCGCCCUCUCUGACGCCGGCAACCUACCUCUCUCCUCCGUACGCCCUCGCCCUCUCCUCGCUCUUCUCCUCCCUCUACCCUUGCCCUCUUCUAUCGAUGUUCCGUCUUCAUCCAGUUGUCGAGUCUUCACUCCUGCAACUUUCAUCUGUCUCCAUCCACUCCCAACUUCUCCCCGCCCUCCACCCCCCCCCACCGUUCUCACCCUCCUCACGCCUCUGCACCCCUCUGCACCACUGUAUGGUGGGCACAUGGCAUCAGGUGGGGGCGGGCGAGCGGGUGGCCAUCCUCACUGCCGAUGCAUGGCUGCAUGGCGACCCACAGCUGCAGCAGGCGGUACCCAGGUGGGGACAUGUGAGCAGGUGGCCAUCCUCACUGCCGAUGCAUGGCUGCAUGGCGACCCACAGCUGCAGCAGGCGGUACGUGUCCUGCUUGUAUUGUGUGGUGCUGUGCGGUGCUGGGUGCUUAUUGGUAUCAGAGCACACGCGCAUGCUGCUGCUCGACACCUCCCGGUCUCUGCUGGACCAGCUGCACACCGAUCAGCUGCAGGUGCGGUGCAGAAGGGUGCUAAGGGGUGCUGCUGGGUGGGUGUUGCUGCUGAGGCUGGUGCUGGAGGGUGGGGGCUGACUUGUGUGGGAAGAGGAGGGGAUGAUGUAUGGGCAGGCAUGACGUGUGCAGGCAAUGCUGCACGCAGCAUGCUCGGCACACCAAUUUUCAGCAGUUGUGCAGUGGCACACCAUGGCCAUGUGAAGCCUCUACACCAUUACGUACGGUCGCCCACCGCUCCUGUCACCAUGGUUCCGGGCCUCACGUCUGGGUUCGGAAGCACCCAGGCCCGGCCUGCUUCCACCAAACCAAACGGGGAGGUUCGUGGCCAGCAGCGGCAGCACAGGCGCAUGGGUUCGUGUGUGUCGUCAGGCGAGUGGGAGUAUGAUGAGGGUGAGGAGGACGGCCAUAACCGACUGCUUGUCUCGCCCUCGCUGUCGCAAAGCAUUCUAGGAAGCGUACUCGCUUGUUACCGUCCCAAAUUCUAUUAG